AUGUUAAGAAUAUUGUGUAGAUUAACUUAUGUACAUAACAUUAAAAAUGAUUUAUGGAUUCAAUCAUUACAAAAAUGUUCUACACUAAUAGAAAACAAUGUUGAAAAGAACAUAGAGAAUUACCUAAUAUACGAACCAAGUAUUCUAUAUAUAAUAAAUAAAAGUAAAUUAUCAGUUUUAAAAAAGUAUAUUGAAGUAAAAUGUGCUGAUGCAAUAAUAUUAACCCGUAUCAAAGAUGGAUAUUAUACAUCAUUAAAGGAUUUAUUAUUAAGGACACAAAUAAAUUUAGAUACUUUUAAUCAACUUUGUAAUUCAAUCAUUGAUUCUGGGAUAAAAUAUAAAAUGAAAGUAACACCUAAUAUAGAAGGAAAAAUUAAACCAAAUACGAUAUUGGGUAUACAUAUAGGACAGACUAUACUGAGUUGGUCAUUGUUAAGCUAUGAUUUUAAGGUACUAGAUUGGGAUUGUAUAACUUGGCAGAACAAUAGUUUGGACAGGACUAAUGUUUAUGAUAUAAUCAGUGUGGCAUCAACUUUUGUCAAUCAAUUACCACCAUCUGACACUUAUGUGAUGCAAGAUUUCAACAAGGCAACUAAACAAGUGUACAAUCUUUACAAUGUACAUAUUGGUAUUGCAAGUUGCCUUAAGUUUAUGAUAAGGCAAAGACAAAAUAAUUCUAUAACAUCAGAAAAUGAUGUAUAUAUAUUAAGCCCUUUAAUGGCAGCUUAUUGCUUUCGUCUUAUACUUGGUAAUGAAGUACUAGCUACAAAAUAUAUUAUGAAUGUGAUACUAAAUGAUGUCAAGUUAAAUAAUGAAAAGUUGCCUCAGAUACAUAUAGACAAUACAUUAAAAAGUAAAUACAUAAAAUUAAAUAAUAUGCAGAAAGAAGAAUUGAAUUGGUCUUUACUGAAAGCUUUAACCUUUGGAUAUUUUAUUAAAAGUUCUAGAAGCACAAAUUAA